UUGAGAACUUUAUUUUUGGAUGUGUGCACUUGGCAUCAACAACGCUUGCUGACGUCAAAAAAAUUCAUGGUGACAAAGCAUCCUAAACAAAACCCAAGCAAAAACGCUGGAUGAAGUGAUAAUCGGUUAUUGAGAGAACUAAGGAGUAUUAUUUGCAUACUAUUAUAAAUUGAAAAAAGUGAAAAGACAUCACUGAACACAACAAUAGUAUUCAUAAAACACAACUAGAAUAACAACAAUAAUCUGAAACAAGAUGAAUCAUUCCAAACUCAUUCCUCUACAUCUAGUACUAAUUCUCUCAACAGCCAUUAUCAUAACAGCUCGGCCAAAUAUCCUACAAUAUGAAAGGAUUAGAAAAUACCGAUAUUCAGUUGGAGAAGGAACAACAAGUAAAUCUUCCCAAGAGCCACUAAUACAUUCAUCAGCUACCUAUAAAACCACCACAUCAUUAUAUACUACUACUACUACCACUAUAACAGAAGCAGGUAAUGAUCAUCACAAUCAAGAACGACUCUACAAAAGUAACAGCAUUGUUGGAGGAAGCGCCUCACCAAGUAUUAACCAUAUUUCCUAUGAUGACUUUAUCAACUUGACUUGCCAAGAAGAACAUGAAGAGAAUCAUGGUCCGUCUACUACCACCACAAAUAGCUGUUAUCUUCAUGAUGAUGAUUCAUCGAGUAAUGCAUCAACUUCAUCAUCACAGAGCCAUAAUAAUCAUGACAAUCAUACCAAUACAAACAAAUUGCACCGAACCUUUCUCAGAAUACCUACAACCAUCAGUGCAUCUAAAGUAAUUCUAGAAUCUGAGGAAUUGAAUGAGGACCAUCUCUUUGAGUCAUACAUAUACUCGUAACAAUAAAUUAUAAUAUACAUUUAUAUGUACAGAGUGGAAUGUACAAGUAUCAAAGUGCUAUACAGAAUAGUUACGCUCAUUAAAGUGUUGAUACUCCUGCAAACUCUAAAAAUUACGUGAUCUUGCUUGAAGUCUACCCAUUUGAACAAUCGAGUCAAUCGAUUGUCUAAUGUAGUUAGUGAACAGAGCAGGCUCAGUGUACCUAUCUCUUACUAUACAGUGCAUUAUAAUUACAAAACAAUUAACAACGUCUUCAUCACUCAACAAAUCAACCUUGUCAGCCUUUGAAAAGCGAGUUGAAUCUUCAGCCCCACUCAUCUCUGCUGAUGAUGUAUUGUAGCUUGCUGGAACGUUUUGUUUCCAACUACUAAAGAAUGACAUGAAACCAUAAAGUAUUUCCAUAGGAUUUACGGUAACAACUUUUGGUUCGUCUUGUUGAUUUUGUUGUUGUUGUUCAAUAAAAGUCAUGAUGAUACGUUGUACUUGCUCUGGUGCAUAAACCUUUGUCUUUCCCAUUGGUUGUUGCUGUUGAGGAGAUGAAAAAAAACCGGUUUGGACGUAGGGUGGCGGUUCAGGUGGUUGAAUAGCUUUGGUGAGGCUCAUU